AGCUAAUGUCAAUGAAGCUUCAAGUCAGCAGGGCCCCCAGACAACAUCUGCAAACACGUUCCUUUGCGCUGAGCUCCCUAUGUGGACAUCAAAGCCAAGUCAGCAUCACAGUUCCUCGCUGAUAAAGAAAACAAAAGGGAAGUUGGACAGUCUGACCAAAACGUCUUUGCUGUGGAGGAAGAGAAGCUGUCAGUUCACUGGGCCAAGGUCUAGAGGAGAGCAGAUGGAUUGACAGAGUCACAGAGGGAGGCGAGAAAGAGAAAAGAAACCCCAAAAAGACAGAGGAGGUGACUGAGGGAGGAAGGUCAGGAGAUCAGCAUCAAGCAGGAAGACAUGAAGAUGGGUGGAGGAGAAGCACAGUGCUGCUGCUGGCUGCUGUUCACACUCUCUCUCAAAGGUAUUCUUGCAGGUGAUUGGUCAGUUCGUCUCCCCCACAGUCCGAUCUGUGCUGUGAUUGGUUCCUCUGUGGUUCUCCCUUGUUCCUAUGACUACCCCCAUCGUUUUGAUGAAGGCAAAGAGGGACGGCUCUCAACACAGGAUGGAGGAGAAGAAGGACAAAAGUACAACGUUUUGUCUGAGAUGUGGUGUCUCGAAAACAGUCGCUGUAUAACACCGAGAUACGUCUUCCACAGCGCCGGCAUCUCCCCGGACCCAUCCUAUCAGAACAGGGUGGAGUACCUGGGACACCCGGGGACAAAAAUCUGCUCACUGAGGAUCUCCGAUGUGAGAGCGUCGGACAGCGGAGCGUACGUGUUCUACCUCAUCAUCAGCCACCCGACACAGAAGAUGCCGGAGCAGAGCGGUGUGCAGCUCCUGGUGGCAGACAACUCCAGCGCCAUCACCGUGUCGGCGAGUCCCUCCAGUGACAUCACUGAGGGCGGGGCUUUACGCCUGGCCUGCUGCAGCCCCGCGGCCGGUCCGCAGGCCAUUUUCACAUGGCACAAGAGCGCAGGCACCGGCCCAGAGCACACUGGACAGGUGUGGAGCAUCCGUGAGGUUACGUCUGAUGACUCUGGCAGCUACUACUGUCAAAUACACACUGGAGAUAAAGUGAAGAUCUCCACCAAGCUGCACAUUGAUGUAGAGUAUUCCCCACGAAACACGAAGGUCUCAGUCUCUCAGACGCAGGCCGGCCUUUCUCUGACUCUGACCUGCAGCAGUGACGCUAACCCGCCUGUGCACACUCACGCCUGGUACCAGGGGGCAGCGUGUCUCCCUGCAGCAGACAAAAGCUUUCAUCGGGCAAAGCAAUCCAGGGCUCAGAGCGCCGGACCAGGGCUGACUCUCAGCAGCACCAACGUCACCCUCCAGCAUGGCGCGCGGCACUGCUGCGUAGCGCGCAACCGACACGGGUCGCAGACCGCCAGCAUUGCUCUGCCGGGCAGCACAGGGACGACCCCGCCUGACUCUCCAGUGGGCAGGCGUGUUUUUAUCGGAGUGACCGUCGCUGUUCUGCUGGCUGUUAUAGCCACGGUGGCCUUUCUCUUCACACGGAGACAGAAGUCCUCCAGACACCAGGCGUAUGUCCUCACUGAGACAACUGCUUCAGCACCUUGAGGACUCGUCCGGCACAAAUCACAAAGCAAAGUGCAAACAGCCUUCAGCCAUCACAUCUGUUUUCUACUCAGCAUACCUAGUUUCUCACAACCCCCGCACACUGUGUUCAUCUCAUUUUGCCAAAUAAACCCUGAUGAUACAAGCGGAAACCUUCAGCGCCAAGUCUUACAUCUCAUGCUGCGAACAUAUUUUGGGCUUCUUAGGAGUAAGACAGACAACUCACAGCGCUGUUUGCAUUGGCACGCAGCGUGACAAGCAGACUAUCAGCGGGGUAGGACACAAUGCUGAAAUCCUCACUUCCUCAAUUUCAAUGAACUGAGCUUAACAAGGUCGAUUUGAAAACCAGACAGAACUGACGAAGCACAAAAAAUGGAACAAAUGGCAGAUAUUUGUUGCAUCUGUUUAAGAGCGAUUGUGCUUUGAGACAGAAAAGUCUCUUGUCAACAUUUAACCAAAUUAUGUUUAAGAGAAAAGUUAUGUAUAAUCUAGACAGAUAAUAGACUAAGAAUCCACUGUUCUCAUUGAGUUGAACUUUCGCAGGAGCAGAGCAUAGCAGAUGUGAAUUUGAAUGCCUCCUUUGUGGUUCAACACAUAUGGCGACUACAAAUGUGUGCUGACAACAGUGUCAGAGUCACGCCGCAGAGUGCACGCAGUUCUCUAAAAGCGAUGUCAAGAAACAGCCGUUACUGGAAGCCUGUUGGUCACGAUGAUGAGAAUGAACACGAUGACGGAAAAAAGUACUAAUGAUCCAAUUAGAAGCUGUCUGCAGUUAGGACGGGGACUCGUCUCCCGGGUUUUGAGUAAACUCUUCAGCGUGAUAACGCUGUAAAAGAUAGUGAGCAGAGCCUGAGGAUGAAAACCAGGAGGACAGUGACUCCAACAUCCGAUGAUAAAAGAUUCUUGGACGUCAACUCCUUCAUCCAGGGUCCUAAUCUAUUUUUAGAAUGUUUUAUAUAAUGUUAUGUGUGAUUUGUCAUGUUGAAGUGAGGGAACUGGUGCCCACAUGCUAAUAAACUUAACAAAAAAGUG